AUAGUCGAUAGUGUAAGACACUCUGCAUGUAAAUCUGCCAUGAUAAAUGACAUGCUGCUCUGGGCCGACACGAGCUUCAAAAGUGGCGCUUUAGUUAGACUGUGAAAGUCCAUAAGUGCACAAAGCAACCAACAAAAUACAGAGGUAACUAAUCGCCAACUGCAUCGAGAAUUAUUCGACACGGUUUUGCUAUCUAGUGGAUUGUCAUGUUAAAAUGCAAAAUGUAGAACAAUGGAGACUUUCAUGGUCUCGAACCCUUCACUGUGGAACAUCUCUCGAUGGGGUGGCCUUUUCGCACCCCCAAACCAUCACGGACAGCGCAUUCGCUCUCAAGUUGGUCUUCGUCCGCAACGAAGUUCUGCGGGCGAUGUCCCUCAACCUCCCUCCUCUUGGCCACCUUUGCCCACCUGCGCUGAGAGCAGCGGUCCAGUGGGCCUCAUAAAGUCCAGAGACAGAGCCAUAAAAGCAGAU